AUGUCGAGAGUCGCGGCAGUGGAAUCGGCGGGGGCAACGCGGAGGCAGCCGCUGCUGACGACUUCGUCGGAGACGUGGAGAGAUUGCGGAGUGAGAAGGAGCAAGCGGACGAGCAGGGUGGGGGAGACGGCGGGGGAGUGCGCGGCGGUGUGCUGCUGCUGCCCGUGCACAAUGGUGCACCUCCUGAUCCUCGCCGUGUUCCGCGUCCCGAGGGGUCUGUGGAGGAAGAAGAAGCGAAAGAUGCUGCUGAGGAAGAAGCGCCGGAAUUCGGAGGAGGAGGCGGCGGCGAAUCAGCUGAGAUCGAACUCGCUCGUGUUCCGCGGCGGCGACGAGGACUGGGGGAUUGAAAACGACGUCGUUGACUGGGAUAAUGAUGGGAUGUGGGACCGCUUCUACGGCGCAGGCUUUUGGAGGAGUUCAUCGCAAAGAAGCGACGAAUGA